UUAUCCAUAAGUGAUCAGGUGCUUGAAGCCAUAAGGAAGGAGCAUGAAGCAGCUGAAGCUAAAAAGGCUCAACUAGCCCUAAAUGCAAGGAAAAAAGCAAAGUACAUCACCAUCCCAGAAGGUUUUGACCUUCUCCAGCAGAAAAAAUGCAAGGGAAUGGCCACCGGAGGUGCUUUAAUUGAUGCAUUCAAUGUUGCGCAGAGAGAUGUUGCUGACAAAGAUUGUGCACGAAUGUUCUACGCUAGUGGUUUGGCAUUUAAUCUUGCAAGAUCCCCCUAUUUUCGGAAGUACUCACUGACCCUUGCAAAUAGCAGGUUUUGUGGCUAUCUUACUCCUUCAUUUUGCCUUCUUUUUUUUUUACAAGUUCUUCCUGUUUUUGAAAGUACUCAUUAAUCCUUUCAAUUAACAGGUUAGCCGGAUACAUUCCUCCUUCAUACAAUAGGUUGCGUACCACUUUGCUUUCCCAGGAAAAAAAGCAUAUCAACAGGUUGUUACAGCCAGUGAAAGAUACAUGGAAGAAGAGAGGUGUUUCAUUGGUCUCCGAUGGGUGGUCUGAUAGGCAGCGCAGGUCUUUGAUUAACAUAAUGGCAGCAUCUACUGGGGGAGCUAUGUUUAUAAAAGCCAUUGAUGCGAGUGGAAAUACCAAGGAUGCAGAGUAUGUUGCAAACUUGUUCUUACAGGUGAUCAAGGAUUUAGGAGAAGCAAAUGUGGUUCAAAUUGUGACAGACAAUGCCUCAAACUACAAGGCUGCUGGGUUAACUAUUGAAGCCAAAUACCCACAUGUAUUUUGGACUCCAUGCGUUGUGCAUAGUCUCAACUUGGCCUUGAAGAGCAUCUGUGAGCCAAGAGAAAAAACACCUUAGUAUGCCCAAUGUAAGUGGAUUUCAGAUUUGAUAAAGUAAGUGCAUGAUAUUCGUAAUUUUGUUCUCAGCCAUGGCAAGGCAAAUUACAUCUUCAAUCACUACUCUAAUUUGAAAUUGCUAAGUGUAGCAGAAACUAGAUUUGCCUCUAGUUUUAUCAUGGCUAAACGCUUAAGGGAAGUUAAGACAUCUCUCGAAAAAAUGGUGAUGGAUGCAAGCUGGAAAACCUAUAGGGCAGAUGGAAACACUUUAGUUGAAACUAAAGCUCGUGAGGUGAAAAAAUGCAUUGUUGAUGACACAUUUUGGGAUCAGUUAGAUUAUCUUUUAAGUUUCACCGAACCAAUCAUUGACAUGUUGAGGAUAGCUGACACAGACUCUCCCGUUUUGCAUCUCAUAUAUGAUAUGUGGGAUACAAUGAUUGAGAAUGUGAAAAAGGGGAUAUUUGAACAUGAAGGAGAAGACAUGGAGUUUGGUAAAUCUGACUUUUUCAAUGUUGUGCACCAAAUUUUAGAGAGUAGGUAGAACAAAAGUAAUACCCCUCUACAUUGUAUGGCUCAUUCAUUGGUCCCAAAGUAUUAUUGUGAUGCUUGGCUGAAUAGUGGAGGUAUUGGUGUUGCACGGAUCUCUCCACAUGAGGAUCACAAGGUCUCCCUAAAUAGAAGCAAAUGUUUCAAAAGGCUUUUUCCUAAUGAAUCUGACUUGCAAAGGCUUAUUCAUAAUAUGGAGCAUUUUCUAGUGGGUCUGAUUAUUUUAGCCAAGCUCAUGUUAUCGAUGCCCGAAUGUUUGAGGAACCUAUUUCAUGGUGGGCCAAUCAUGGGGCUUCAACCCCAUUGCUACAAGCUUUGGCCUUCAAAUUGCUUUCGCAUCCCGCAUUUUCCUCUUGCUGUGAGAGGAAUUGGAGCACAUAUUCUGUGAUUCAAAGUGUGAAGAGAAACCGGCUAGCAACAAGUCGAGCUGAAGACCUAGUCUUUGUGCAUUGCAAUCUCCACCUUCUCUCAAGGAAGAGCGAGGAAUACACAGUAGGACCUUCGAAAUAUUGGGACAUAAGUGGAGAUCAGUUUGAUAUAGAAGGACAAGAGGUGGCAGAGCUUGCACAACUUUCCCUUGAUGAACCAGAGUUGGAGAAGUUGACUUUUCAGGAUGUUGAGGCGGGUGAAGAGCAGCUGAAUGGAGAUGAGUUUUAGAAGAUGGAUUUUAUGAUUUGUUUUGUUGCCAGUUGCAAGUACUGAGUAGUAGGUCGUAUUAGUAUGUUGGACCAAGGAAUACAUCUUUGUUUUUGGAGUUGGGACUAGUUAAAAUA